AUGACAACUGUCAAUGCGGCCGAGUUCCACGCGAAAGUGUAUGAGAUCACACGUAUGAUUCCACCUGGUCACGUCACCAGCUACGGUCAUAUUGCGCGGCUAGCUGGCUCGCCUAGGCAUUCGAGGAUGGUAGGUGCGGCUCUGAAGUUUCUGCAAGACCCAAGCGUGCCGUGGCAGAGGGUGAUCUCCUCAUCUGGGGCCAUCUCUGACCGAGGGGAUGGCGGCGAAGGAGCUAACAGACAAGCGCAAAGGCUGAGAGAAGAAGGCGUCGAGGUGACGGAUGCCGUCGGAGCAGGCGUCGACACCUCGAUCAGACCAGGCUCUGGUGGAACCUACCGUGUCUCCUUGGCACGCUACGGCUGGUUCCCUGAAUCGGUCGAGCUAAAUGAGGAAUGA